AGUGGAGCCAUCAGCCAUUUUACCCAUGGGGAAAUAGCAGUCCCCAAUGGAAUGGAAGCUGGCUGGGGUCCAGAAUAGCACUUUUACUUAUCUUUUGUAAUUGCAUCCUAGUACUGACAAGAAGAGUGAGACAGAAGUUUAAAAACAGUAAGUAGUUUGAAACCUUUAUUUAUCUUAUCAUUGUUAUUUAAGCUCAUAGAUAAGUUUUGAGUAACUGGCUUGAAACACUUGUGUUGGUUGCUUUGCUGCUUAGUUCAAGCAUGUUGGUGUACAUAAGCCUUGCUGUCUUCACAGUAGUGGUGAUUAAGUUUUUUCAGAAGGGAAAUGAACCAGCUACAUUUGGAAUAUAUCAGAAACCUGGAAAGUGGUAUUUCUUGAAAUUAGCAGUAUUUUUUGUAAUGUUAAAGGCAAGGAAGAUUAUCAAUUUAUUGCAAUGGAAACAGGUUCGGGAUUCAAGGGAUGCAGGCUAUGGCUUCAAGGCUCGAUCUUCACCAGAAGAUAUGGAUAAACAGCAGCCAUUAGCUGACCAUCCGAAGGCAAUUGAUGCUUCAUACUUCAAUGCAGCAAGCUCUGAUGGAUACCACCUGGUUGUUGGAACUGCCCGUCGACCACGUGGUGUUGUAAAUGGCUUCAUGUAUUUAAGGGUGCCUGAUAUUGGACUACUCAUGACACCCAAAGUUCCAGAUACACUUACAUUUCGCACUGAAGAGGAUGGAGAGUACUAUGGUGCAGAAGGUAUUCAGAUUAAACCUCUGAAACCUAUGAAGUCCUGGAGCAUAAAAUAUGAUGGCAAAAUGAAGUUGCAUGGAAACCCAGAGAAGUUAUAUGAUGUGGCACUACAUAUAGAAUUUACUUCAUCGUUACCAUAUUUUGACUAUGAUACAGAUAUGGAUGCACUUCCUGUGGCUAGAGCCAUAGCACUAGAACCAUGGAACCGGGAAUAUUUCAACACUCUCAAAGAAUUUCAUCAGUCCCACUACGAGCAAUAUGGGUCUCUUAAAGGUCAUGUAGAGAUCAAUGGUAACAAGUAUCCAGUCCAUCUUGAUGGAUUCAGGGACCACAGUUAUGGACACAAGCGUGAAUGGUGCAAUUUCCAUCGUUACGCUCUUCAUUUUAUUACUUUGGAAAAUGGAGCAAGAAUUAAUGCCAGUGUCGUAUGUGUACCACUGGUUUUUUCAAGACUGGAGUUGGGGUACAUGUACAAGCCAGAUGGCACUCUUGUGCCAAUUCAGUGGUGCGACUUAAAACUUGAACGUCAUGGUGAGAAUGGAAGACCUCCUCUUGACUAUAGCUUCUUCUUUCAAGCUGGUGGUGAAAAGUAUCACGUUCAAGUUAAUGCUAUAGAGUCUACAGAGUUCUUUAUGGGCUGGGAAUGGGAAGCACGUAUAAUUGAACAUAUGGCACGCUUCACAGUUAAUGGCAUUGUAGGCUGGGGAGCUGCUGAGUGGGAAUAUCGUCACUUGGGUGGACGUCCAAGUGCCAUUGCUGCUAGUGAUCCGCCUUACACUCAACACAUUUGUAAGGGUUGAUAUUGAAAUUCUUGCGGCAGGAGUAAUGUAAAUUUCUGGGGAUUAUUUGAUUAUUAACAUUGGCUGUUUUAAAGAUAUAUCACGAGUUAUGGUUUUUGUGUUAUUCGGAUCAUUGUCUUGCAGAGAUACGUCUUUCAUCUAUGGCAUUUAUGUUCAACAGCUACCAAGUUUUACAUGCAAAAAAUCUUCAUACGUCAGGGAAUUUUAUUAUUUUUUCUACUUUUUAAAUAGUUUCUUGACAUAUGAAAAAUAUGAUUGAGGUCUUAACAUCUUGAUUUAAUAACAACAGAAACCCCCCGUCCCCCCAACUUAUUUUCGUUAAGCAGCCGAGUAUGAAUUACACUUGUACAACGAAAGACUCGAAACAAUGAGGUUUGAUUAUAAUGGUGUUCCUUGUAUAAACUAUUUAUUAUGGUUUUAAUUGUUCUACAUUUUCGUGUCACAGACAUUCAUAAUCAAUCUGAGAUACAAUAGAAUUACAAAUAAAUUAAACGUGAUUAAA